GUCAUGACUUGCAAUGAAUAGGGCAGGGAGGGUUACAUAACUUACAUUCAUAACUGAUUUCAUUUCAACUAUAUAUAAAAAGCUCCACAAGUGGGGUUGUGAAAACCUCAGACUACCUAGUGAGUGUUAGUGUUGGCUUGUUUCCUUAAAUAAAACAGACAGUAGAACACAAACAUGACGCUGAUGCACCCCAAAUUAUUGCUUCAUCACACACCACUACUAUUUCUCUUGCUUCUCUUAAACCUUUCACUACCAUUAGCUCAUCACCUUCCUUCAAAUUCCAAGCCCGGCUGCCAAACCAAAUGCGCUAACCUAAUAGUUCCAUAUCCUUUCGGCAUUGGGAUCAAUUCCGGAUGCUCCAUCAGCCCAUUAUUCGACAUUAACUGCGACAACUCCUCCAUCCCGCCCAAACCCUUCAUCACCACUACCAAUUACGAAAUCGUCCAUAUUUCUGAUAACCAAGUGAGAGUCAAGAACUUGGCAGCAGCCAGAUGCUAUACAGAAUCUGGCAUCGUCACCCGCCAGAAUAUCAUAAAUAUGAGUUUAGCCUCCACUCCAUACAGUUUUUCCACCUCCAACAAGGUCACGGUGGUGGGCUGCGAUGAUAUUUCGGUGUUCGGCAGUGACAUCGGCAAGAAUUUCACCAGCGGCUGUUUCUCGGUAUGUGCCAAGAAAAGUGAUAUAACUGACCGGUCUUGCACGGGCAUCGGCUGCUGCCAGGUAGCCAUACCCAAAGGUCUCAAGAAUUUUGUGGCGGUACUAAUUAGCACUUUCAAUCACACCUGGGUCCAUAGUUUUAAUCCUUGUGGCUAUGUAUUUGUCGGGGACGAGGAGCGGUUUCAGUUUCGUAUAUGGGAUCUUGACGACGAAAGUUUUCAGAACCGGACUACUCAGGAUGUGCCAGUUGUGUUGGACUGGGCAAUUGGGAAUGGAACUUGUGAUCGGGCCAAGAAAUCUGCUGAUUUUGCUUGCAGAGGAAAUAGUUCGUGUGUUGAUUCGGAUACGGGUCUUGGAGGAUACAGGUGUAAUUGCUUGGAGGGAUAUGAAGGCAAUCCGUAUGUCAGUCCAGGCUGUACAGAUAUCGACGAAUGCGAGAACAAUCCAUGUGAUAAGCACGCAACUUGCACUAAUACUCCUGGUAGCUAUAGCUGUUCUUGUAGUAAUGGAUACAGUGGCGAUGGCAGAAAAGACGGGCUCCGUUGCACUGCUGUUAAGUCCCAAUUCCCAGCGAUAAAGUUCUCCAUUGGUCUCAGUGUUGGCUUGCUUUCCUUAUUUAUUGGUGUCACGUGGCUAUAUUUUGGCAUCAAGAAGAGGAAACUAGCCAGGAUGAGAGAAAAGUUCUUCCAACAAAAUGGCGGGCUCCUUUUAAAGCAGCACAUGUCUUCUAAUAAUGGUGGAUUAGAGUCGACUAAGAUCUUUUCAGCUGAUGAGCUCGAAAAGGCCACCAAUAAUUAUGCUGAAGACCGAAUUCUUGGAAGGGGUGGUUAUGGCAUGGUUUACCAAGGAAUUCUACCGGACCGGCGGGUAGUCGCCAUCAAGAAGUCAAUGAUAAUGGACCAGAGCCAGAUAGAGCAAUUCAUAAAUGAAGUGAUUAUCCUUACCCAAGUUAAUCACCGAAAUGUAGUGAAACUUUUGGGAUGUUGUCUGGAGAGUGAAGUUCCUAUGUUGGUUUACGAAUUCAUCUCAAAUGGAACACUCUAUCACCACAUCCACAACUAUGGUGAAAUCAGUUGGUUCGCUUGGAAAGAUCGACUAAGAGUUGCUGCCGAAGCAGCUGGCGCACUUGCCUAUCUCCAUUCUGCAGCUUCUAUGCCAAUUAUUCACAGAGACGUCAAGUCGAGCAACAUAUUGCUAGAUGAUUCUUAUACUGCAAAAAUAUCGGAUUUUGGGGCAUCUAGAUUGGUACCAUUGGAUCAAACACAAGUGACAACACUUGUUCAGGGGACCUUAGGCUAUUUGGACCCCGAGUAUUUCCAAACAAGCCAAUUAACUGAGAAAAGUGACGUCUAUAGCUUUGGCGUGGUUCUUGCUGAGCUUAUGACGGGAAAGACACCUCUUUCACUGACCAAAUCUGAAGAGGAAAGGAACCUGGCCACAUAUUUUAUCAUUUCUAUUAAAGAAAACAGAUUCUUUCAAAUUCUUGAGCCUCGAAUUUUAAGGGAAGGAACUCUGGAGCAAUUGCAAGCUAUAGGUGAGCUUGCGAACAGAUGCCUCAACUUAAAAGGUGAAGAGAGGCCAACAAUGAAAGAGGUUGCCAUGGAGCUGGAAAGUUUAAGAAGAUAUACAAAACAUCCUUGGAUUCAACAAGAAAAUACGGAAGAAAAUGAGGCCCUUUUGGGUGAGCAAUCGGGUUUGUCAUCAGAUUUAUACGCAAUCAACGUGCGUCCAGAAUCCAGCAUUAGAACUUAUCCUGCCCUAGAUAGUUUGGAUGGGAAUGUGAUAUAUCCCCGUUAAUGUUGUCCUGAGGGUAGCUAUUGAAAUCAGGGAUUUUUAUGUAGCAUAUGUUUCCUUUCUUUUUCUCUUUAUCUGUAAUCUAAUUGUCUUUUAAAUCUGAUUUUCUAUAACAAGCUUGAUUGUUCCA